AUGGCCGGCGACGCCCCCGACAGUAGCCAGCAGCCGGCCCCGGCCACGAACGGCCAGACGAACGGCCCUGCUCCUGCCCAGCUCCCUGCCGGUGGUGACUCGAGGCUACCAUCGCGCAAGGAUACUUCUCUGCGCGAGUUUCUCAACAAGGUGGACGACUGUGCCCCUAUCAUCCCCGACGCCGUCACGCAAUACUACAUGACCAAGGCCGGCCUGCCCCCUCCGCCGCAGACGGAUCACCGCCUGGCGCGGCUCCUCGCGCUCGCCACGCAAAAGUUCGUCGCCGACAUCGCGGCCGACGCGUACCAGUACAGCCGCAUCCGGGCGUCGAGCAAUAACAACAACAACCCGAUGGGCUCCCUGGGCGCGGCCGCGGGCUUUCCCGUGCCGGGGCAGCAACCCGGUGCGGGCGGUGCCGCCGGCCAGCCUGGCGCGGCGGGCAAGGAUCACGGCAAGGGCGGCGCGGCGGGCGUUGGCGCGGGCGGUGCGCCGCUGGGCAUCCAGAGGCCCGGGUACGGAGGAGGCGGCCAAGGCGGCAGCCAGAACAGGACGGUGCUGACGAUGGAGGACCUGGGCAUGGCAGUGGGCGAGUAUGGCGUCAAUGUGAAGCGUAGCGAAUUUUAUCGGUAG